CACCUGCCUUGGCCUCCCAAAGUGCUGGGAUUACAGGCCUAAGCCACUGUUUCCAGCCAAGGAUCUUCUUAAAACUUUAAAAUUCAAUGCAAAAGCACAGACUUCACUGAGAAGUCCACAAGACCAAGCUUAUUAUGUACUUGAGCAGACUUAUUUUAUUCUUUCAUGUCUUCCAAGUUCUUGACUCUGGUAAAAAUCAUCUCUGGAUCUUCCCUUUUUCCUUGAAUAAUGCUGCCAGUUCUGCUUCUCACUUCAAGGUUAAAUGGAGAGAUAUUUUUAAAUGAACAGUUUUGAUACUGACAUUUUUAAAAAGAAGCAUUUACAGAAACUGGUAUUUUUGCAACUUUUUUGUAAGUCAAAACUUAUUUCACAAUUAAAUUUAUUUUUGUUUCUUUUUAACUGCAGCCUGUCCUCUGACACUGAGCUAUACCUGAAGAAAAACUGUUUAAUUGAUAUGACAUCUUGAAGAAAGGACAAUCAGUGUGUCUCUAGUUUGUAUCAAGUAGAUAGCAUUCCCUGACACUAUCUCAGCCUCUUGGCGUUUGGUAGAAGUGGGUGAAUCAGACUUAGUACACAAGCCUUGCUAUGAGGACAUUUUGCUAUGUAACUUUUAACUAUAUUGACUGGCUUUUCAUAUAGAUUAUUGUUUGAUGGACAGAGUGUACUAAUUGAUGUGAAUAUACCUAUUCAUUUAAUCUUUAUAAUUAUAAAAAGGUAAUGAAUAACAUUCUGAUUUAUUUAUCAAGUGCUUAAAUAUUUGAUAGUAUGUUAGUCUGAUGUUAUCAUUUUUUGGACAGCUAACAAAUGGGGUGUGAACCUAGGAGGCUACAAGCCAAUGCUGAUUUUUGCGGAUGCUUCCACAUUGUUAUCCUGAGAGUUAUUGUGUGUGUCAUUAGAUAGUGUCACUAGGCAACAGCUCUUUGUUCUGUUUACUGGGACAGUAAUAUUCUCUCUCUCCGUGCACCUUUUACCCCCAUGAGCAGGGCUCCCAGUUUUUUCAAGCCUGAAGUGUUUUCCAAUCAAAGUGAAGAGACAGUCUGUGGAUGUUGAAUAUGGAAGGAACUGAAGAGAGAGAGAUUAGAAGAGAGACUUGUCCAGGCUGGGUAAACAAGAACAAGCCUGCUCCAGAGCAGGAUGUCUGUAAAAUUGACUCAUCAGGGAUAGUAGCAAAGAGAUUCCAAGAGGAUGAAUACCAAGAUUCUACAUUUGAAGAAAAAUAUGCAUGUGAGGGCAUGAAGGAAAACUCUCCUAGGGAGAUUGCUGAAUCAUGCCUUUUCCAGGAAGGAGGUUUUGGGGGAAUAACUUUCAUCCACAAAGAAGCACCCCCUGAAAUUAUUAGUCAAAACUAUAAUUUUGAGAAAAGCUUGCUUUUGACCUCAAGCCUUGUUACACGUCUCAGGGUUUCUACAGAAGAGAGUCUGCAUCAGUGGGAAACAAGUAAUAUACACACCAAUGAUUUUUCAGACCAAAGUAAAUGUCCAACUCUCUGCACACAGAAGAAAUCUUGGAAAUGUAAUGAAUGUGGAAAAACCUUUACUCAGGGCUCAUCCCUUACCCAACAUCAGAGAACUCAUACUGGAGAGAGACCCUACGCAUGUGAGGAAUGUGGGAAAGCCUUUAGUCGUAGUUCGUUCCUUGUUCAACAUCAAAGAAUUCACACUGGAGUGAAACCAUAUGGAUGUGAGCAGUGUGGGAAAACAUUUCGAUGUCGAUCAUUUCUUACUCAGCAUCAAAGAGUUCACACUGGAGAGAAACCUUAUAAAUGUAAUGAAUGUGGGAAUUCCUUCCGCAAUCACUCACAUCUCACUGAACACCAGAGAAUUCACACUGGAGAGAAACCUUAUAAAUGUAAUAGAUGUGGGAAGGCAUUCAAUCAGAAUACACACCUUAUUCAUCAUCAGAGAAUUCACACUGGUGAGAAGCCUUAUGUAUGCAGUGAAUGUGGCUCUUCUUUUCGAAAACACUCAAAUCUUACACAACAUCAGAGAAUUCACACUGGGGAAAAACCCCAUAAAUGUGAUGAAUGUGGGAAAACUUUCCAAACAAAGGCAAACCUCUCUCAGCAUCAGAGAAUUCAUACUGGAGAGAAACCCUAUAAAUGUAAAGAAUGUGGCAAAGCGUUUUGUCAGAGCCCAUCUCUUAUUAAACACCAGCGAAUUCAUACUGGAGAAAAACCAUAUAAGUGUAAGGAAUGUGGCAAAGCAUUUACUCAGAGCACCCCACUCACUAAACAUCAGAGAAUACACACGGGGGAGAGACCCUACAAAUGCAGUGAAUGUGGUAAAGCCUUCAUUCAAAGCAUUUGCCUUAUUCGGCAUCAGAGAAGUCACACUGGAGAAAAACCCUAUAAAUGCAAUGAAUGUGGAAAGGGCUUUAAUCAGAACACCUGCCUCACUCAGCAUAUGAGAAUUCAUACUGGAGAGAAGCCCUAUAAAUGUAAAGAAUGUGGGAAAGCCUUUGCUCAUAGCUCAUCUCUUACUGAACAUCAUAGAACGCACACUGGUGAGAAGCUCUAUAAAUGUAGUGAGUGUGAGAAAACCUUCCGCAAGUAUGCACACCUUAGUGAACAUUACAGAAUUCACACUGGUGAGAAGCCUUAUGAGUGCAUUGAGUGUGGAAAGUUCUUCAGACAUAGUUCAGUCCUUUUCAGACAUCAGAAACUUCACAGUGGUGAAUAAUGCUGGCAUUUAGGUUAUGACAGUUUCUCUAGUGAGGAUGACUAUGAAUCUGACUGGGAGUAGAGGGGCAGGUAGAGUUCCUGGAGGGAAGGAAGAAGGAGCCUUGGCUACUGUACUCUGAGAGGAAUGUUUCCAGAAAUGGAGGUGAGAGCUUAGGGAAUGCAGAGCCUACUUGAGGUGGGCAUCUGGGAAUACAGGGUAGAAAGAAAUUCCUGCUUUUGAGAUAAAGCCUACACAUUGCCACUGUCUCCCCAUGUGACUUUACAGCUUGAGGGGGUAUUUGUUAAGUUAGCACUUCUGCUAACUUUACAACACCCUGCCCCAUCUUAUGGCUUGUCACCCAUUUUCGUUGGCUGGCAGCUUGAGAUGUUUUUCUUAAACACUUCCUGUCAGUGUGAAGUGGCACAGUUCUGAUGUAGUGCUAAGUCUGGCCUCCAGAUUUGAGGCAGCCCUGACCAUGCUACCAUGGGGGAAGCUCCCAACCUGUGGAAGUUGUCCUGUAAAGAGGAGACAGAAACAAAUAAGAACCAAAAAAUAAAAAAUAAAAAAUCCAUAUUCAUUCAUUAAAAAAAAGGAGACAUAAAGCAACAACUGGGCUGACCUCUAUAGAUCUGCCAGUAAAGAAGGUCUUCCUGAUUCUUCCAAGCUUUGGGGUGACUCAGAGCUAAGAAUGAAACAGGAGACCAAGUUAGAAUUCAUGAUGUUGGUUCAUGGGAAGGCAGUCAUACCUGUUCAGAGAACCAGUAAGACCUAAUAUCUAUCUCAGAGGUAUAAUGGUUACCCAGGAAGGAAAUGGUCUGCUCAAGUGACAAGCCUCAGAACAGGAAGCCUGCAUGCAACUGAGCAAGUCACCUACAUAACCCUGCCUGUGCUAAGGUGUACACCUGUCUAUUGUAACUUUGCCUAGGCUCUUGGUGUACAGAGACCAGAGGGGAGAGACCCACUAGGACUAACAGCAUCCUAACAAAGUGGUACUUAGUUUGUUGGUCUUUAGGAGAAAGCAUUAGUAAUGAAAGAAGAUAGAAUUUUCAGUUGAUUGGAUGUUGGGGCCGCUUAAGAAAGUGUUGACAUUUGUCAUGGAAUGAUUUUGGAAAGACUUCUAAAAGAAUCUUUUUCAAAUCCCUGAAAAUCAGGAUAGCACAUUUUGCCACUGACUGUGACAGUAUUUUAUUCUUUUGAGAGAAAUGACAUAGUUUUCCCUUUAUUUCCCAAAUUCCUUUCAUGAUCUUAACUGCUACCCAGAAAUUGAGCUCCAGAAGAUUGAGGAUAGCCUUUGACUGGUAUUUAAAAUAGUUUCUAAGCUGUGAAGCUUAUAGCAUUUUUAAAGUGUGGCUAUUAAAAACACUAAAUUAAGUUGAUUCUGGAAUACUUGGUUAUUUGGAACUCAUCGAUUUUUCUAGAGCAAUUGCCUUCUAGGGAUAGGUUUAGACCAUGAAUUACCAUUAAUGGGAAUAUGGUAUAAAUAUCAUAUAUCUUUUUCACUUUCUAUGAAGAUUAUGUUCUUAAAACCUACCACCAAUGAAGUCAUAAUUGAGGAAAUUAAUACAUUAUGGGUAAAAAUGCUGUAAAAGCUUUCUAAAUAUGUUCAUGAAAAUAUUAUUUUACCAAAAACAAACAAUGUAUUUAUACCUCCUAGAUAAAAACACUGUAUAAUUAA